AAUGCAAGCUGAUAAACUAUGUUUAUAAGUUUGACGUUAUCUCGGUCACAAUUUAGUGAAGACAAGUCAGUAAGAUGAAAGGUCUGAUACUGUUGGCUCUGUUUGCUGCUGCACAGGCGUUCCCCAGCUUUGGACGCUCUUCACCAGAGGAAGGAGAUUUAUUUGAGGGUGACAUCAUUCUAGAUGAGGAAGAGGAUGUCUACAAUGCCUUGAGGUCAUCCUCUAGAAAGUGGCCCUCUGGUCGCGUACCAUACACUGUUACUGGAUCACUAACAUCAAGAGAGCGCAGCACGUUGAACGCCGCUAUAGCUGAUUACAACAGGUUCACCUGCAUUAGGUGGGUGCCUAAGAGAAGCUCAGAUAAAGCUUACGUCAACAUCAAGAAAGCCUCAAGUGGGUGUUCAUCUGCAGUUGGACGCACUGGCAGAGCUCAGACUAUUAACCUUGGUAGAGGCUGCUGGAACAAAGGUAUCGUCAUCCACGAGAUGAUGCACGCUAUUGGCUUCUACCACGAGCAGAGCAGGACAGACAGGGACAAAUACGUCACCAUCAUGUAUGACAAUAUCAAAUCUGGUAAACAAGGAAAUUUCAAUAAGUACGAUGCCAACAAGAUCUCUCUGCUUGGCAUGCCUUAUGACUAUAGUUCCGUCAUGCACUAUGGCGGACGGGCGUUUUCAAAGAACGGAAAAGCUACAAUCGUGCCAAAACAGAGGAACGCAAGAAUUGGACAAAGAAGUGGCUUCUCUUCUUUGGAUUAUAAGAAAAUUAACAAGCAAUACAAAUGUUAAAGGGAUGGAAUUGAAAUAAAUAUUGAAG